AUGCCUCCAUCACGCACAACCUCUACCUCCUCAAACCCGCCCCGCCGCAGAGGCCCCGCUUUCAAACCGCCCACUCAGGUCAGGGAUCAAGACACAGCAGCCACAAAAGCGACCAACGCUGCACGAAGCAAAUCAGCCAAUUCGACAACCGGCGCAGGCCGUCUGACAAAGAAGGUGCCCGCCUCGAAGUCCGGCUUCCGACCCGCAUCCACCACCAUAAUCUCCUCCGAAGACGACGAAGCCGAAGAGGAGCAAGAUGACGACCUCGACAUGUCCGAUGACGAUGUUGAAGAAGAUACUACCACCCACUCCAACACACGCACCUCAGCCGCCACAGCUCCACCACCAGCAUCCCAAGACGACGCCGCGCCCGCGAUUCCGCCGCGGUUGCUGACACGGCUGCUGCACGAGGGCUUUGAGGACAAGGACAUUAAGAUCGGGAAGGAGGCUAUGGCGGUCGUGGGCAAGUACAUGGAAACGUUUGUCAGGGAGGCGCUGGCGAGGGCAGCGUUUGAGAGGGAGGAGGUGGAUGGGGACGGGGGUGGGGGGAUUGGGGAUGGGUUUCUGCAGGUCGAGGACUUGGAGAAGACAGCACCGCAGCUGUUACUGGACUUCUGA